AGAAGCGGCUCAAGGCAGCGGGGGGUUUCCAGGGCGCAGCAGCAGCAGGAGUAGCUCCCACGCCCCUUUCUCCUCCUUUCGCAUUCAUUAUUUCCGCUCCUUUAUCGGCGAGUUACAUUUCGCAGCCUUGCAUCGUGUUUCGGGAACGUGCAAGAGAUCCAGGGACAGGACCUGAAGCCUGGGGAAGCAUUAAUCCCUCAGCCGCUGAAGCCAGAUCCAGACCCCAGCAGGGGAAUGGGAGAAACCCAUCAUCCACCCAGAGGACUGGAAAUGAAUUUGAACUGAGAAAUUGUCUGGUAUCCCCACUUUGUGUACUGAGGCGCAGUGACCCGAGCGGCCGCCAGAGGGCGCCCCCCGGGGACCGGCCGCAACCGGGCCCAAGAGAUUUAGACACUCGCUGCUGAGAGCGGCAGGGACCGGCCGCAACCGGUCCUAGGGGUUUAGACACUCUCUGCUGAGCGUGGCAGGGACCGGCCCGGGGAUGAAGCUGGCCAUGGCCUGGGUCUCCCUGCCCCUGGCGGUGCUGCUGGAUUUCCUCACCCUGCGCCUGGCCCUGCUGCUCUGCCCCCUGCUGCAGGCCUGGGACCCCCUGGCGCUGGCCUGGGGGGUGGCGCUGGCGCGGUGGGCCCUGCUGAGCCUGAGCGCCCAGGCUGCCCGCGGCAGGGGGCAGGGGCUGCCCGGGGGGCUGCAGGACGCGCUGCUGCCCCUGGCCGCCCUGCUCAGCCUGCUGCUGCCCGGCUACGUGACCCUGCAGGCGCUGGCCCAGCCCCGGGCGCCCCCCUCGGAGCUGCUGCACGGCUGGGGGCGAGGGGACGUCUUCGGCCUGACCUACGGCGUGGCGGGGCUGGUGGCCGCGCUCUGGCACCAGCUGUUCCCCGCCGGGAAGGGGGAGCCGGGGCCCUCGGCCUCGCUGGGCCGUCUGCUGGCCUGCAUGAGGCCCGACCUGCUGCGCUUCGUGGCCAUCGCGGGGUUCCUGGUGCUGUCCUCGCUCGGGGAGAUGGCGAUCCCCUACUACACGGGGCGCAUGACCGACUGGAUCGUGAGCGAGGACGACCCCUCAGCCUUCGUCCGGGCCAUCUGGGCCAUGUCCCUCAUCACCGUGGGCAGUGCAGUGACAGAGUUCGUGUCCGACUGUCUCUAUAACGGCACCAUGAACCGGAUCCACACCCGAAUCCAGAGCCGGGUCUUCAGCUCCGUCCUGCGCCAGGAGAUCGGCUUCUUCCACACCAACCGCACCGGGGACAUCACGUCGCGGGUGACGGCCGACACGGACGCCAUGAGCGAGGCGCUGAGCGAGAAGCUGAACCUGCUGAUGUGGUACGGGAUGCGGGGAGUCUUCCUCUUCGGCCUCAUGGUGCAGGUGUCGCUGCGCCUGGCGCUCUUCACCGCCGUGGGGCUGCCCGUCAUCCUGCUGGUGCCCAAGUUCUCUGGGAAAUUCCACCAGAGCUUGGCGCAGCGGGUGCAGGAGUCCCUGGCCAAGGCCAACGAGGUGGCGGUGGAGACCUUCCAGGCCAUGCCCACGGUGCGCAGCUUCGCCAACGAGGAGGGGGCCGCCCAGCGCUACGGGCAGCGGCUGCAGGAGACCUACCGGCUCAACAGGCAGGAGGCAGCCGCCUACGCUGCCUCCAUGUGGACCAACAGCCUGUCGGGGCUGGCGCUGAAGGUGGGGAUCCUGUACUACGGGGGGCGGCUGGUCACCGCCGGAGCCGUGAGCACCGGGGACCUGGUCACCUUUGUCCUCUACGAGAUGCAAUUCACCACGGCUGUGGAGGUGCUGCUCUCCGUCUACCCCAGCGUGCAGAAGGCCGUGGGCUCCUCGGAGAAGAUCUUUGAGUACAUGGAGCGGACGCCCCAGAUCAGCCCCCCCGACGGGACAUUGGCACCAGCUUCACUCCAGGGACAUGUCUCCUUCAGAAACGUCUCCUUCUCCUACCCCUCCCGCCCGGAUGUGAAGGUCUUAAAGGACGUGUCCUUCGAGCUGCGCCCCGGGGAGGUGACGGCGCUGGUGGGGCUGAACGGCAGUGGGAAGAGCACGUGCGUGGGGCUGCUGGAGCGGUUCUACGAGCCCCAGGCCGGGGAGAUCCUGCUGGACGGGGCGCCCCUCCGGGAGUACGAGCACCGGUACCUGCACCGCCAGAUCGCACUGGUGGGGCAGGAGCCCAUCCUGUUUGCUGGGUCCAUCCGGGAGAACAUCGCCUACGGGCUGGGGGGCUGUGGGGAGGCAGAGGUGACUGCAGCAGCCUGCGCAGCCAACGCAUCCGAGUUCAUUGCAUCGACGGAGAGAGGCUUUGAGACGGACGUGGGGGAGAAGGGCGGGCAGCUCUCGGCAGGGCAGAAGCAGCGGAUCGCCAUUGCCCGGGCGCUGAUCCGCCAGCCGGCCGUGCUGAUCCUGGACGAAGCCACCAGCGCGCUGGAUGUGGAGAGCGAAUGCGCGAUCCGCCAGUCGGUGCUGAGCCGGGGGCGCCGGACGGUGCUGGUGAUCGCCCACCGCAUGCAGACGGUGGAGAACGCCGACAGGAUCGUGGUGCUGGAGGGCGGGGCCGUGGCCGAGGAGGGGACGCACACCGAGCUGAUGGGGCGCAAGGGGCCCUACUACAGACUGGUGCAGAGAGACCUGGCCGAGUAACCCCCCGCCCUAGGGAAUAGCUAUAACUGUACAAGCCGGGUUUUGUUUUGAUGGGGGCUGUUUCAGACAUUAGCACUGGGGCUGAGCUGGAAAUGUGUUUUGUUCCUACAGGAAAAAAAAAUCAUUUGAACUUUUUCUUCAAAAAUUUUCAGGUUUCCAUCAAAAGUCAAUUUCCCCCCUUGUUGCUUGUUUUCAGUUUUCCAAAAAUGUUUAUCAAAAAAGGCCAUUUGCCACAGCAAUUUCCAUUUUGAUUAAGAAGAAGAGGCCCUGAGGCUGACCCCGCACACGCUGGGAUUUUAUCUCCUGACUGGCCUGGGAAUGCUGAGGAAUCCCCCAGGGGGGAACCUGGAACCUGUUGCAGAGGAAAGGGAGGUCUGGUCCUCCCUACUCUCCAUGCUGCCGUCGUGAACCUCACCAGGAGAAGCAGCAUAAAGGAAAAAGAAGAAGAUUCAAGUCAUUUUUUUUUUUGUCCAAAA